AUGACUGGUCUCUUAUUGAUGCCUUCGUUUCAAAAAGAUAUGGAUAUUACGUCCGAGAUGAUAAACAGCAUAUUAAUCAGUACUCUCAUGGCAGGUGCCUUCAUAGGUGCAAUUUUUUCAGGGCCACUAGCAGAUAUGAUCGGUAGAAAAGCACUUAUGGGUUUAGGAACAAUCAUAUUUAUUCUGGGAAAUGUGCUUCAAGUUGAUCAAUCAGAAAUAGCCCCAAAAGACAUGCGUGGACGAUUAAUGUCUACUCAACAGUUCACUAUCACGCUCGGGACGUGCGUAUCGUAUUGGUUUGAUUACAUGUUUGUAAAGAUGCCCGAAUCAACUGGUUGGAGAUUAGCGGUUGGUCUUCAACUCAUUCCAGCAGUGUUCUGUUUGUUUGGGCUGACCGUAUUUCUACCAGAAAGUCCACGACAUUCCAUCGACAAACAUCGGUUUGACGAAGCGUUAACAACUUUAUCGAAAAUACGUGGGGAUGGCAAAACGGAUGAUACAGAUGUACUUAUGGAAUUUACGGAAAUGAAACAGAAUAUCUCUUUUGAGCAAAGGAUGUACAAACAUAAUAAAUACAAGCGUAUUUUCGCAAAGGGUGCGGAAAAUAACCGAAAACGGCUAUGGAUUGGUAUGGCAGUACAGAUAUUUCAACAAUUAACUGGUGUCAAUGCUCUGCUAGUUUUUGCACCACAAAUAUUUCAGUCGACUGGGUUAAAAGGGAGGGACGCUGCUUUGUUCGCAAAUGGUUUAAGCGGGUCUAUCAACUUAUUAGCUGCUAUUCCAGCGAUGAUAUUUGUCGAUCGUUGGGGUAGACGGAAAACGAUGAUUGCUGGUGCACUUCUACUAAGUGUUUGUAACGGAAGUUUAGCUAUUCUGUCUGCUGCUCAUGGUUUUACUUACAAUGCUAGCACAUCAGUUCUCCACGAAGAAAUGCCGUCUGCCAAUACAGGCAAAACUAGUAAUCCGAUCUUUUUGAUAUUCGACGCCAAUGGGUCUACUAUUGGUUUCCUUUUCCUCAUUUACGUUUGUGUGGCAGUGUAUUCUUGCACUUGGGGGACGCUGGGGUGGAUUUAUCCUGCAGAACUCUACUCACAGGGUGUACGUGCCAAAGCUCUGGGCAUUUCGACGGCAUCUAAUUGGUUGUUUACUUAUGUCGUUUUGCAGCUGACACCGAUUAUGUUGAAGAGUAUCUACUGGCGCACUUUCGUGUUGUUCUGUGCCUCAUGUUUAAUUAUAGCUUUUGUGGUGCAUUGGCAAUUUCCAGAAACAAAUGGUAAAUCACUAGAGGAAGUUGACCUUAUUUUUAGUGGCAAGUUUCGUUUCUACGACGUGGAUGUGCAUCAUCCACAAACAGCAGCAGCAGCCUUAAAACUUAUGGAAGAAGCACAACAAAGGAAUAGAAACAUGUACAGAUUUCCCUUUACACCUGAGAGGUCGCUGUUGAAUUACAAUCAUCAAAGUAGAAGGACGCUUUUGCCAAAUUAUGUCGUAACACCGCCAUCGUUUAGACAGUUUUGA